CAAGUGAUUUUGAAGAACUAUACCUUCAACGGCAAAAUCCAAGUAGUUUGUUGUUUCAUCUAGCGAGGUGUCUGUAAGAAGGAAGGGAUAAGGCGUUUGGUUGACCCGGACCGAACGGCAGGACACCGUCGGGGGUUCGCUGCAACGCAUCGACGGCUUCCGCAGCUUCUCAGGCCAAGGCUACAAGGUUUUGAUGGAACCGGUCGUAUUGAACCGUGAAAGAGCCGCAGCUGACCGCCUAAAACGGAUGCCUAUCUUCAGAUUGUUCGACGACUACCGUGAUGAAGAUUUUUAUGGGCUUCCGCGGAAAUACAGUAUUGUCGCUCGGGUCGAAGUUAAAUUCCCGAUUGAACCACGUUUUCGUGAUAGACAACAUUUCGUUUUGUCUGACAUCAAUGGAGCCAAGAUCGAGGCCAUAACAUAUAUGUAUGAGACAGUCAAACAUUUCGACAAUUUGCUCCAUGAAAAGCAUGUUUACAAGAUGCAUAAUGUGAAGUUCAGUCUUCAUCCGGGUGAAUUUAAUUUUCGUCAUCUAAAUGGUCCCAUGGAAUUGUGUCUUGACCAACAAACUAUCGUGGAGCCAUACACUGUUCCAAUUCAGAUGGCGCCAUUCCCAAAACAAAUACUAUUGAACCUUGCUGAUAUUGCCGAGUUGCCAAACAGGACUUUAGUCGACAUUAUGGCUGUUGUAGUCCACUUGGAUACAAUACAUCGCACAAUGUGGGGCCCUUUCAGAAAGAUUGUUAUAAUGGAUGCUAGGGGAUAUUUACAUAUCAUUAAAGUUUGGGGUGACCUACUAAACAAAAAUGCACUCCGCUGGGCGUUGGCUAAGGAGGAUUAUGGCAUAAUAAUUGGGACUAUGUUUAGACGGUUCAGAAGACAAGAGUGCCUCGAGUCUUCGGAUCAUACCGCAAUACACUUCAAUCCGUUCCAUCACAACACCCAUCAUUUUCGACCAAUCCAAAAAGCUUUGGUGGCGCUGAACAACCGUCAGUUUGCUGUUACAUUUCUUGAAGAAGAAAGGCGUAGAUAGAUUCUACAAAUUCGCAAAGAGCAAUAAUUGGGACUAUGUUUAGGCGUAGAGAGAUUUGAUAGAAUACGUGUCGUACUGUUAUUGAGCAACCAAACGCAACAAGAGGCAAA